UUGCAGCGAUGCUGGGGCAGCAGAGGGGGGAUGGACCCCUGGGUGCUGCCUUUCCCCCAAGCUCCCUCCCUUCUUCCCCCUCUUAAUCACUUGCAGUUGUGGUCUGGAGUGUGUUAGCAAGCCCUUGUGAUCUCUGGGUUUGUGGAUCAUCAUGUUCUCCCCAAGCCCUGCAGCUGGAGAGGGGAUACAGCCUGGUGCCCCUAAUCCAGCCUCACCUCCCCCCUGCCUCUGAUCUCUCUCUGGCCCCAUCCCUAAGGAGUGUGACCCCCUAAAAUACUUGGCUCCCCACAGUUUGGUCCCUGUGCGGGUGGCCUCGCCACUUGGUCAUGCGCGGCCGAGUCAGGGCCCCGUGCUCGGGGCAAUGAGUCCGUGCCAGAGCCCCGGGCUGACUCAGCCACUCCCUUUCUCAGCAGCCAGGGAGGGUGAGCUCAUGUGUGGGUCCCUCACCCCGGGGGACCCCUGCCGUGAUGGGGUGACAUGGGUGUAGUUUUAGAGGUGGCUCUAGCCUGAUCUGUGCCUUGGGGCUGCUCCCAUCCCCUUAACUCUGCCGCUUGCUCCCUGGGGCAGCCCAUCCUCAUACCCGCGGCUGGUUGAUGAUCUCCCCAGCAUGGUCUGCCUGGGAAAAGGGACUAAUGCCACUGGGUUAUACCAGGACCUUCCAUGCAGUGAACAAGGUUUUCUGACUUGUUGCGGCAGGAGCCGCGUGACGAGGGGCCGGUCACUGCAGAAAGCACUGUCUGAUGCAGCUUCCCCGUGGUGUUGCUGCUUGGGGUUGGGGAUAAGCCUGGUCCCCCUGGGCUGUACCUGUGCCCCCCAGAACUGGGCACAGGGGGUGGCAGGGGAAGCAGUCCUGGGUGGGGGACAUUGGGGGCAGAGAUGAGGUCCUGUCCUCUGCUCUAGAUGUCACACAAUGAACCUGAGGCACCGGGGAUGGUCUUAAUCCUGCCUCUCUUGAAGCAAGUGGGUGCUCAGCCCUCCCUGGGGUGCUGGGGAGGAUCGGGGUUGCACAAACAGCUCCUCUAUCAUGGGGCAGGAAGGUGACCCUGGGGCACAACUCUGGGACAAGGAAGAUGUCCCCAGGGUGUGGUGCUGGGGCAAGAGGACAUCCCUGGGGCAGGAGGAUGUCCCCAGGGUGGGGUGCUGGGGCAGGAGGAUGUCCCCAGGGCAGGAUCCAGAUCCGCUGGCCCCUGAGCCAGGGCUGACUCAGCUCUGCCCCACAGCAUCACGUGAAGCCAGGAGGGAGCCGCUGCUGCAUCCCCCCUCCCUGUCUCCUCUUUCUCUCCAACCCUGUACGAACCCAGGCGACUGCCAAAAUUUUCCAGCUGCCUCUUAACUUCCUCAAUCCAGCGCCAUAAAAGAGCUGCAGACGCGGCACCCACAUCCUCUGGUCCCAGGCUGCACCAUCCUCCCACCGACAGCACGAUGCUGGGGAUGUGGUGGCCCACACUGCUGUCCCUGCUGGUCCCCGCAGUGGUGGCCCAGCUGCACCCCAAGCGGGAGCUGGACACCCAGUGGGACCUAUGGAAGAAAACCUAUCGCAAGCAGUACAACAGUGAGGCGGAUGAGGUGGCACGGAGGCUGAUCUGGGAGAAGAACCUCAAGUACAUCAACACCCACAACCUGGAGCACGUGCUGGGCGUCCACACCUUCGAGCUGGCCAUGAACCACCUGGGCGACAUGACCAGCGAGGAGGUGGUGAGGACGAUGACAGGCUUGAAGGUGCCCCAUGGCUACCCACAUCACAACAAGACACUCUAUGUCCCUGACUGGACCGAGAGAGCCCCGGCUUCCGUGGACUGGAGGAGGAAAGGCUACGUGACACCUGUCAAGAACCAGGGCCAGUGCGGAUCGUGCUGGGCUUUCAGCUCAGUGGGCGCACUGGAGGGGCAGCUGAAGCGGAAGACGGGGAAGCUGCUCUCCCUCAGCCCCCAAAACCUGGUGGAUUGCGUGGCCAACAACGACGGUUGUGGUGGCGGCUACAUGACCAAUGCCUUUGAGUACGUCCGGCAGAACCGCGGCAUCGACUCGGAGGAUGCCUACCCUUACAUUGGCCAGGAUGAGAGCUGCAUGUACAGCCCCACUGGGAAGGCAGCCAAGUGCCGCGGCUACCGGGAAAUCCCUGAAGGGAAUGAGAAGGCUUUGAAGAGGGCCGUGGCCAGAAUCGGACCCGUCUCUGUAGGCAUCGAUGCCAGCCUGCCCUCCUUCCAGUUCUAUAGCCGCGGCGUGUACUACGACGAGAGCUGCAAUGCCGAAAACAUCAACCAUGCGGUGCUGGCGGUGGGCUAUGGCACACAGAAGGGCACCAAGCACUGGAUCAUCAAGAACAGCUGGGGUGAGGAGUGGGGCAACAAGGGCUACGUCCUCCUGGCACGCAACAUGAACAACGCCUGCGGCAUUGCCAACCUUGCCAGCUUCCCCAAGAUGUGAGCGCUCCCAGCGCAUUCCCUUCCUGCGCCGCAUCCGGCUGCCCUCUCUGCUUCCUUGUGUUCAAACUUAGCCUUUUCACUCCCAGCCUCUGAAGCUGAUGUCACUCCAGGGGGGAUCUCUGCCUCUCCAUGAGAAAUCUCCCUUGGGAGAGGGGCGAGAUCCCCCAGCUGCCGGUGAACAGUGCAGUGAGCUCCCCUCAGCUCUUUUCCCAGGACUCCUUUGCUGUGCGGGCACUGUGUGUGCUGAGUUCUGCCUUCUCGCAGCCGCAGACACUCAGGCUGGGCUUGGCCAGCUCCAGAGAGUCUGAUUCAUCCAGAGAUGCUUGUGCAAACAGGUCCGGUGCCGGCCUCUGCCUCCAGCAAUGCAGACGCAUGGGGAAAUCCCGCGUGGGUGGAAUACCCCCAUGGAGAGUGCGGAUCUGUCUCCCUCCACGUUGCAUCCCAGUGGGGGCUGCAGAGAAUGAUAUGACUUUAUUUUUAAAAUAAACACUGUUGGGAAUAAA